UUGACCUUAUUAGAAUGAUAUUUAAUUAUCCUAUGUUGCAUUGGUAGCCUAAUGGUGACUGUCUUUAAGCAAGUAUUGAGCUUGGAUGCUGCCAUCUUCUGGACAAAUCCAUUAAGAUACUCAUUGUCUUCUUCAGGCUGUAUAAUCGUAUUCCUGUAUAGAUCAAGUUGGGUGAUCUUAGGAUGAGCAUUAUCAAGGUAGUCAAGAUGGUCAACAGUGAUCUUACACUUCUUAAACAUUAUAUUUGAUUUACUGUUGCACGCCAUUAAGAUCCUUCCAAAAUCCUUGUGUGAUAUCUUAAAAAAAGUGAUCCUCACGUCUUGAACUGUCUUCGAGAUGAACUUCAUUGCACUCCUGGUAUAAAAACUGAAGUCUACUAAGUCCAUUUUGCCUUCUAAAUAUAAUAUACCGGCCUUUAUCAUUUUGACCCGGCUUAAGAAUUCAGUAGCCAUUUUCUCGCAGCUUGCUAUUUUCUGGAAUGAUAAAUUGGAUAUAUGAUAUGCUUGGGUUCACUUCAUACCCACUUUCCUAUACCAUAUUUUUUCACGAGGGAUGUCAAAUUCAACCUUGAAGAAAUUAUCGCUCGUUCCAUUCAUGUAUCUUUCAAAGUACUGGUAAUAUAUAUCAUGUAGAGUACCCAUAUCUAGUUUCUCGAGUUGGGCCUGUAUAGCACACUCUUUAGAAGCGUGCAUUUGCUUCGCUUCAUCUAUACUAAUUAAGACUGAUUUCUCCAUUUUUAACAAUAUU